AUGGCCCCUCACGCUGAGAUUGACGCGAGCUCCGCGAACGGAUCCGAGCACGCUGCUUCUCCCUCCUCGGCUGAGCUGAAGCAGCUUUUCACUGUUAACUCACCUGACGUCGUUUACAGCGACUCGGAGAUUAACUCCAAGUACACUUACCGCACCACUCAAGUCAAGAAGGAUGUCAAUGGCCAGUAUGUGGCCACGCCCCAGAAACGCUUGACUUGGGAAUCCCGUGAAGGCACCAAGAAGUCUAACUACUAUGGCUCUAUCCUUAUGGGUUCCACUAUGAAACUUGGCACUGAUGCUGAAACCUCUAAGGACGUCAAUAUCCCUUUCCACGACGUUCUCCCCAUGGUCCACCCUAAUGACAUCGUCGUUGGAGGCUGGGAUAUCAGCUCCCUGAACCUUGCGGAUGCCAUGGACCGCGCCCAAGUUCUCGAGCCCACCCUCAAGGAGCAAGUCAGGAAAGAGAUGGCUACUCUGACCCCUCUUCCUAGCAUUUACUACCCUGAUUUCAUCGCCGCUAACCAAGAAGACCGGGCCGACAACUUGAUCCCUGGCACUAAGGUAUGCGCCGCUCACGUUGAGACGAUCCGCAAGCAGAUCCAGGACUUCAAGAGUGCCAAUAACCUGGAUAAGGUCAUUGUUCAAUGGACUGCCAACACUGAGCGCUAUGCCGACAUCAUUGAAGGUGUUAACGAUACCGCUGAUAAUCUCCUCAAGGCUAUUGAGGAUGGCCACGAAGAACUUGCCGAGAAGCACAAGUCGUACAUUGGCGGUGAUGACUUUAAGUCCGGUCAGACCAAGAUGAAGUCUGCCUUGGUCGACUUCCUCAUCAACGCCGGCAUCAAGCUUACUUCAAUCGCUAGUUACAACCAUCUUGGAAACAAUGAUGGCAAGAACUUGAGCUCUCACAAGCAGUUCCGAUCCAAGGAAAUCUCUAAAUCUAAUGUUGUUGACGACAUGGUGGAGGCCAACAGUGUCCUCUACCAGCCUCACGAGCAUCCCGACCAUACUGUUGUCAUCAAAUAUAUGCCUGCCGUCGGCGACUACAAGCGUGCUUUGGACGAAUACUACGCCGAUAUCUUCAUGGGUGGACAUCAAACUAUCUCUAUCUUCAACUGGAAGGCUGCCUCAUCUGACGGAGCCACUACCGCUGAGUACAAGGGCUUCCAUCCGGUUCUCAGCAUCCUUAGCUACAUGCUGAAGGCUCCCAUGACCCCUCCUGGCACCCCCGUUAUCAAUGCUCUCGCCAAGCAGCGGGCUGCCCUCACCAACAUCUUCCGCGCCUGUGUUGGUCUCCAACCCGAGUCGGAAAUGACCCUCGAGCAUAAGCUUUUCUAG